CCUGGUGAAUAACGCCCAGCGCUAAGAGGUAAGUGUAUUUAUAAUUUUCAGAGUGAGCCAAGUCAACACCAGACGUUCUGUCGGAAGGGGGAAAAGAGCAACAAGGAUGAGAAGGUCUUCUCGUUUACUUGAGGUGACAGCUUUACUUGUAAUAGGCAUUCUGUGCCUGGCCAUCAUUUUUUUUAAAGAGGACAUUCCCCCUGAUGAACCCUCUAACCAUGUCCAGAUAAACAGAAUGGAAUUAACCUACAAAAACAGACCUCAGAAACCAACCAGUGAGAGCGCAGGUGUUUUCACCUGGGGCCAUUGUCAACGGAAUGAGUCUGCCGCCAAUGUGUCAGGAUUUUCCUCUCUGCCUGGUCACAUCCAAAACUUCCUCUUCUAUCGUCAUUGCCGCCACUUCCCAAUGCUGCUGGACGUACCUGAUAAAUGUGGAGGCCCUCACAAGUCUGCUGACGUCUUCCUUCUGCUGGUCAUAAAAAGCUCACCUGUGAAUUACGACCGCCGUGAGGUACUACGGAAAACCUGGGCCAAGGAGAGACUGCAAAACAAGGUGUGGAUCCGCAGGAUUUUUCUCUCUGGAACCACAGGCACAGGCUUUGAAAAGCGCACGCUAAACAAGCUUUUACGACUGGAGAAUCGUGAGCAUAAUGAUAUCUUGCAGUGGGACUUCAACGACUCCUUCUUCAACCUCACCCUGAAGCAAAUCGUGUUCCUAGAGUGGAUGGACAAGAACUGCCGACAGGCCAGAUUUCUCUUCAAUGGUGACGAUGAUAUCUUCGCCAACACAGAUAACAUGGUGGACUUCCUUCAGAGCCAGAAAAACAAAGAUGGUGACAAGCACCUUUUUGCGGGCUAUCUAAUCCGCUAUGUCGGACCCAUUAGAGAGUCAGGGAGCAAAUACUAUGUCCCAGUCCAGGUUCAAGAGUCAGACUCGUAUCCCCCUUAUUGUGGUGGAGGGGGCUUCCUGCUCUCUGGAUACACAGCUAUGGUCAUUUACAAAAUGUCCCAUACCAUUCCCAUUUUGCCAAUUGACGACGUCUACAUGGGAAUGUGUCUGGAAAAGGCUGGUCUUAGGCCAGAGUCCCAUUUUGGUGUCAGGACCGCUGGACUGCAAGUCCCCUCCCAAAAAGUGGACGCUUACGACCCUUGUUAUUACAGGGAAAUAAUUCUAGUACACAGAUUUCUACCCCAUCAGAUAUAUAUUAUGUGGCAUGGAAUACAUGAACCUAACUUGAAAUGUGGGAAUUUGCAAGGUUCACUUUAACCCUUGAAAUCAGUCGCCUGCUCAGGUUUCUUUUUCCAAUCUUUUUUUGCCAAGCAAUUACUGAGGUGUGCUCUCUCAAAGCAGGUGUUAUUCCUGCAGAUGUUUGAACAAUGCCAGAUCUAUUGGCAUAUGGCAGGUUACUGUGAAAUUUGGCAGCUGGCACUGUUAUUCAUGUAAAUGAUUGACAACACAUUGAUUUAUAAUUCCCCCCCCCAAAAAAUGAAUAGACGUGUAUACCUGCCACUAUGCAUCACUUUUAUUUAUUAUACUUUAAAAGGGCAAUGAAUGUCCAUUUUGUUUAGCCAUUGAUUCUCUCUUUCUUUACACUCCUUGUCUGCUGUGUUUGACCUUUUUAUCUGAACACUAGUGUAAACCACUGUGCCUCAGGAACACCCCACCACCAGCUAAGCUCAGAAAGGAAACUGUUGUGGUUCACUGCAAAAUAACAGUUAGACAGGGCAUUCUUUGUCUUUAGGCAUUCUCUGUUUGUUCUUUGUAAAUGUUUUCUUGAAAAUGUUCUCUUUUUAAAUUCAUAAUCAGAGGAUGAACACCUGUGUGUCUUUCUGUGAAUCUAAUGCCGACUGCAUGUUUAUAUAAUAUACUUUUUUUAUGCAUUUUUAUAACAAUUGUGAACAGAUCCGUUUGUCCGUCGCACCCUAACACAGGUUGGAGACAUAAAAUGAACAGACCAGAGGCAGUGGAUGUGGGUUCCUUUUCUUUUGUAUCAUUUACUAAACGGGUCUUCUUUCGGCCGACAAAAUAACUCCAGUACAGGGGACAUCCAACGCUGAAACACCAGCGUAACAAAAACAUGAACUAAGCUGUUGACCUAAAGGCUGUGGCCAAAAAGGGAAAGCAAAACAAUAAACAGCUACUCCUGUCUUAGACUAUCGUCUAUACGAAACAGUUACAGGAGGAACGCUUCUCUCUACCUAAAACCUGCCUAGGUUAACAGAGAGACAAGGUGCCCAGUCACAGAUGCUUUCUCUGAGGUAGGAAAAACCGACACCCUCACAGGUCCCCGUCUCUACUCCCAAUCCUCCCCCAGCUCCUCUCCUGGCACACCGAUAUAGGAGGAAGACACAAAGCAAUUAGUGAGCCCAGCUGUGUACUAAUUGGCUUCACACUGAGUACCUGUCCCCUGAGGAGGGUGCUGUCAUUUAGUCUUCAUCUGGCUGGUCGCUGAACUCUCACACAGUGUUGUUGCAAAUUGCGUGUGUGAUUUAUUUGUCUUUAAUCACACACACAAACACACACUUUUAAUUGUCAUUUCACUUUUAAUUGUCAUUUGUGUGGUAUUACAAAAUAUUUGUCUAAUGUCUCCAGUCAUGUAAAACUAUGUACAAUUGUAUGGAAUAAUUUUAUAUAAAGGUCUAUUCUUUCCCAGAACCGCA